CCGGUCCGAUUCAUCUCGGAUUUGAUCGUCGAGGACUCGUGGAGUCACGUCUUCAUGGACACACUGGCGCCGCGAGGCUUUAUCAAGGUGGCGGCAGUGAGGAUGCAAGGUUUGCUGCUGUUGGUGUUCGCCAAACAGUCACACCUGCCUUACGUCCGAGAUAUCCACAGCACAUACACUCGCACCGGCAUCUUUGGAUACUGGGGAAACAAAGGGGCGGUGUCGGUGCGCUUUUCUUUCUACGGCCACAAGGUGUGUUUCCUCAACUGCCACCUGGCGGCGCACAUGAGCCAUGCCCUGCAGCGUGUCGAUGAGUUUGAGCACAUUCUGGAGACGCAAGAGUUCGACACGGAUGACGCACGUCGGGUUCUGGACCACAAGCUUGUGUUCUGGUUUGGAGAUUUGAACUUCCGCAUUGCUGACCAUGGCCUUCACUUCCUGCGCUCGUCCAUCAAUGGUGGACGUCUCAACCUGCUGUGGAGCAAGGACCAGCUACUCACCAUGAAGAAAAAAGAGGCCUUCCUGCAGGAGUUUGAGGAGGGACCCCUGAAUUUCAAACCAACCUACAAGUUCAGCCGGAACUCCGACGCCUACGACCUUGGCGGAAAGAAGCGAAAGCCUGCAUGGACCGACCGCAUCCUAUGGCGGGUCAAACCCAAAAACGUACCGUCGGAAGAUGACGACGACAAGUUGUCGAGCGCUACGGACGACAGCCUGGACGAGUACCCUCUGGUGGUCAACCAAGAUAAAUACACGAGUGAUAUGAGCUAUGGCAUUAGCGACCAUAAGCCUGUCAUGGCUAGCUUCAGUCUGGAGCUAAGGAAACACUUUGAUACUCCGCUGGUUCAUGUCUCACCUGAAGGCGUCUGGAGUGCCGACCAGGACGCUCUCCUCAACUACACAGUGCAGGAAGACUUCCUCUCCUCAACGUGGGACUGGAUCGGCCUCUAUAAGGUCGGCUUCAAAAGUUCAAGCGACUAUGAGACUUUUGUGUGGGUUCGAGAGGACGAGUUGCCUGAGAUUGAUGAAGUCAUACAGAUCUCAGUGGAUAAGGACGAUAUCCCUCUGCUGGGUGGACAGUAUGUACUGGGCUAUUACAGCACUAACAUGCAGAGCAUCAUUGGCCUCAGUGCUAACUUCCAGAUCUUAGAGUCAAAACGUGCCGUCAUGGAGGGUCUCGUGCCAGAGAACAUCAAUGGGCUCCGCAAAUAGAAGAAGAAACUUUUGUGUCUUAUUAGCUUCAAGCUUGAUCAAAGAUGAGGACUGGAAAAGACAAUACAUUUAAAAGACACAUUUG